AUGAAGCUCCAGGUGUUCUGGACUGGGCUGGAAUAUACCUGCCGGCUCCUGGGCGUCACCACUGCUGCAGUGUUGAUCGGAGUGGGCACAGAGACCUUCCUCCGGGGGCAGUUUAAGAGCCUGGCCUUCUAUCUGCUGUUUACAGGCGUCACCAUCUCUGUGUGUGAAGGGACCUACUUUGUGGCUCAACUGUUGGCCAUCUGCUUUAAGUGUCAGCCGGGGUCUCUGGCACACAGAGCAAGGGAGAAGGCCCACUGGCUGGGCUGCUUCCAGAAGUUCCUAGCCUACACGCUGCUGUCUGUGGCCUGCUUCCUCCACCCUGUUCUGGUCUGGCAUGUGACCAUUCCAGGCUCCAUGCUUAUCAUCACUGGCCUGGCCUACUUCCUGCUGAGCAAACGGAAGAAAAGAAAGGCUUCCCCAGAGGCACUGGCCCCCACAGAGCAGUACACAGACCCCUCCAGCAGCACCAUGAGCACCACAGGCUCUGGGGACACGGAGCAAACUUACACUUUCCAUGGGGCUCUCAAAGAGGGGCCUGGCUCCUUCUUCAUCCACAUGAAGAGCAUCCUGAAGGGCACCAAGAAGCCCCAUGUCCUGCAACCCCAAGGUACCCUAAUGGAACUGGCGCUGGAGCCAACUGACUCCUUGGCCAAGAAGAAGCAGGUUCACUUUGAAGACAGUGUGGUCAGAAUCAUCCCGUCCCUCACUGAAGGCCUGGGUGAUGACAGUGACAGUGGACCAGAGGAAACUGCCUCUGACACGACCCCCAUCAUCCCUCCCUCCCAGACCCCACACUUUCUGCCUCCUCUCAUGGCCACUGACCUGUUCUGA